CCAGCAGCCAGAUAAGCUCAGCCAAACGCCGUUCUGUUCUCUUUUCCCUGCACAGAAAUGGGACUCUCAUCAAACCACGGCGGACUGAGCAGAGUUCUUUCAUCCCUGCUCCCUCUCAGAACCGCACGGCCACCAAUUGGUGCCGCUGUGUGGCUGCGGUGUUGCUGAGCAAGCUGUUCACUGCUGUGCUCAGUUUCAAUGUAGGUAUGUUUAUAAAAAGCUGUUACUCACCCUGUUGAUAAUAGGCAGCUAAAAUUCAUGCUCCCCCUCAGACAUUUGCAGCAUGAGGGGCUUGAUGAAAGCUCUUCUUUCUUAGAGUCCAGUGUUGGAAAUUAGGUUAUUUUCAGCUUGUGUGUUAAUUAGGUAUCGUGGUCAGAGAAGGGAAGUCCUUUAAGCUGUCUGAAUUCAUUCAAAAUUAUUUAUUUCAAAGAAUGUUCAAUACUUGUCGUGUUAAGCUCUAACAAGCAACUGCCUGCAGCACUGCUGUUGUGUGUUGAGAUGGAAACUUCUGCCGUCCUUGAGGUCAGGAGGAAAUCUGCCUUCCAGGAACCCCAGCGCAGUUCCAUUUCGUGGGGCAUUUAUACAAAGACUAACAGCUCCCCUUAUGCAUAGGCCAACAUAAAAACGGCUGUUAGAAAUGUUAGUGAUCCUUUGUACAUUUAUCUGGUUUAUUUAAGGCCUCUACUGCCAUUCUGUUGGUAAUUCCCACGUGCUGAAAGCGUGGCUGUGUGCAUUUGGUGCUCCAGGACACCCCAGUGCUCUGGCUGUGCUGACACCUCUUUCUAUGGAAUCAAUAAAAGUCUGACCAUGAUGUUUGCUGUGUAUUUGUUCUGAAGGAUCAAAACUGGUGCCGCCUCACUUCGGUCCAGGCUCAUCUUGGUGUUUGCUGUGAUCUUUACAUGUAUGAGGGUGGAUGAUGCUGUCAUCCUGACUCUCCAGGCCUUCCUGUUGGUUACACCCCUGUGUGCCCAGCCUUGCUAAUGUGGUGCUCGACACUAUGAGGGGUCAGGAGGUAAACAGCACAGAGGACAGGCCUGGGAGAUGAGGAGAAGCCGUUCCUUCCCCCGAAGGCACCUGAAAUGAAUGUGUGUUGCAGCAGAGCUGCUGCCUGCACCACGUCUGCCGCUGCCAUACCAGGGAGAGGAGCUCUGGCAGCAGCUGACACGAGGACAAUUUGCUCUUUCAGAGAGGGAGGCUUCACGUUGGGUUCACCAGGAACUGGAGACACAAAAGGAGGCUGGAGGAGAGCAGAAGACAAGCGGGAAUAAACCAGAGGCAGGUUGGCAGGAUAUGCAUACACUGAAAGCAGUCUGUAUGGCAGAGUAAAUGAGGUGCAAACCUUGCUGUAAAUAGCAGAGGAAGAAAGACGAGCACAUCUACAAAACAGGUUUGUCAGAAAUCCAAAAUAACCGGCUGGGGAGUCACACAUGGAGCUGCAGAGGAAGCCCAGCAUGCUGGCACUGCUUUUACAUGUGCAUGGGCUGAAACGUGGGCUUGGUUUUCCUUCUCGGUCAGGUGUGCUCUGAGGUUGGGCUGUGAUUUGGAUCCAGGAACACGUCCUGCUCUGACCUCGCCAGCACACGAACCGUUUCCUCCCUUAAAUCCAUAUGCACAUGCAGACGUGUAGGAUCCAACGCACGCAGCUGUCAGGUCGGUUCCUGCACUGCAACCUCGCUGCGCUGCCCAGGGCUCAGCGGAACGGAGCUGCAGCACCGGGCUGCCCCCACCGGCGGGCUGCAGAGAUCGAUGCGAGCCCUGCUGGGGAGGGCAGAGCUCAGCCUCCCACCCCAGGUGCAGCUCCUUCCAUCGUUAGGUUCAGCCGGCUGCGAAUGGAAGUGUGCGGGCAGCACCGUCGCUGAGCCCGGCGCUGCCGCCCCCGAGAGCCGCGGGCCCCGCGCAGUUCCCCUGUGCCCAGGACCCGCGGCACCACAGCCAUGUCUCUGCCGGGGAGCAGACGCUCAUCCACCGGAUCACGAAGUCGCGGGCUUUAUGGACGGAGUGGUUUUGCCUCCUUCUUUAAGUCGUCAGCGCCCUCAGCCACUCGGCCUGAGACACAGCCUCUUCUCCCUGCCUCCAGGCGCCCCUCGCCCCCCGGGAGGGACACCUACGGCACCUCCUCGCUGAGCAGCAGCAGCAAUUCUGGCUCCUACAAGGGCAGCGACAGCAGCCCCACCCCAAGGCGCUCGGCCAAAUACAACCUGUGCAGUGACAACCAUGGCAUCAAACCACCCACACCAGAGCAGUACCUGACCCCACUGCAGCAGAAGGAGGUUUGCAUCCGGCACCUGAAGGCCCGCCUGAAGGACACGCAGGAGCGGCUGCAGGACAGGGACGCUGAGAUCGAGGACCUGAAGACGCAGCUGUCGCGGAUGCAGGAGGACUGGAUUGAGGAGGAGUGCCACCGCGUGGAGGCCCAGCUGGCGCUGAAGGAGGCCCGCAAGGAGAUCAAGCAGCUGAAGCAGGUGAUCGACACGGUGAAGAACAACCUGCUGGAGAAGGACAAGGGGCUGCAGAAGUACUUCGUCGACAUCAACAUCCAGAACAAGAAGCUGGAGACGCUGCUGCACAGCAUGGAGGUGGCACAGAACGGCGCGGGGCUGAAGGAGGAGGGGGCUGCUGAGUCGGCGGGGGGAUCCCCGGCGAGAUCCCUCACCCGCAGCUCCACCUACACCAAGCUGAGCGACCAGGCGGGCGGCGAGCGCACCGUGGGCGGAUCGCAGACCAUCUCGGUGGACGAAGGGGCCGACAGCGGCUUUGCUGGGGGGGACGAAGCUCCCGGCCGCCCGGACUUGUUAGAAGGGGGGGAGCCCUGCGGGCGGCUGCCGCCCAGCUCCACCUACGAGAAGCUGCUGGGGCUGCGGGGCGGCGUAGAGGCGGGCGUGCAGGCCAGCUGCAUGCAGGAGCGCGCCAUCCAGACGGACUUUGCGCACUGCCAGCCCGACCUGGACACCCUCCUGGAGAAGGUGAUGAAAUCCCAAGCGUGCAGCUUGGGCAGCCCCACCUCGGUUUGGGUGUCCGAGAUGGAAGACGUGGCGCCGGGCUGCGAGAUGCCGAACCCCGCCGGCGUUAUGGACCUGGAGCCCGAGGACGGGGAGGUGCCCCACAACCCCACCGUGCAGCAGCCCCCCAGCGCCGGCCCUUCGGUGGCCAUCGCCUGCGCUCCCGAGGAGGAUGCGACAGCGGAGCCGGGCUGCGACGGCGCUCCAUCCAAGAGCUAUUGGAGCCGCCACUUCAUCGUGGAUCUGCUGGCCGUGGUGGUGCCGGCUGUGCCCACGGUGGCGUGGUUGUGCCGCUCGCAGCGCCGCCAGGGCCAACCCAUCUACAACAUCAGCUCGCUGCUGCGCGGCUGCUGCACCGUGGCCCUGCACUCCAUCCGCAGGAUGGGCUGCCGCGCCGUCAGCAGCCCCAACCCCGGGGGCGGAGCGCAACCCUGACCCCCCGCAGCCCCGUCCCGCCCCCCAGCCGACCCCACGGAGCCGACGGCUGAUUGUAGAGCCCCGCGCUGGGGGACGUGGCGCUCCGUCUGCUCUGCUCCUCGUAAAGCCCCUUGAGGUGGGGGCAGAAGGGGCAGGGGGUGGGCGUGCUGCCCUGAGCCUUUGUCCCCAAGGAUGCCGAGGGCUCGACGCGGUGAUACGAGGGGUGGCCAGGCCCCGUCCCUGCAAGCAGCUCUGCGGUGCUGGGGAUGUCAUCCCGCGGUGUCACCGCGUGGCACUUUGCUUUCUUUUCGGUUGUCCUCGCACGGACCCGGGGACGUCGCUGCAGUGGCAGAGAGCGAGGAGGCACCGAGCACCGGGGUGGGGGCUGCGAUGGGGUGCAGCCCGGCCCCCUCCCCAGGCAGACUCCUUGCUCUGGGUGCAGCAUUGCACAAUGGGACGUGGAGGAGGACGGAGGGAACCCCCUGGACGUGGAAAUGGGAUGGAAUUGGAUAUACCUCACACCCGAGCAAGGCUGAGCCGCCCGCAGCGCCGUCCAUUCCGUUCAUUCAUUUGCUUUGCACUAUAUUCACUUUCAUUUCCUUUCGGUAAAGUUGGGGCCCUGGAACCGGGUCUGGCUGCUGUGGAGUGGGACCGGGCACCCUCUUGGUUUGGGUGCAUCCUUGUCCACCCCUCCCCACCCAAACCCUAUUUUCCCAGGAGGGGUUGGGGGGGGAAAUUACUGCAAAAUGCCUUUUUUUUUUUUUUCUUUUUUUCGGGGGGGGGGGGUAUUUAUUUAUUUUAUUGGAAAAGCAAAGACAGCAAAGAUUGGUCAUCAGGGGCAGCCCCCGGGUGUACCGAGGGGUCCUGGCCCCCACCGCGAAUGUCUGCAGCUUCCUCGUGACUUGAAGCAACGGUGUCCCCCCCCCUCACCACAGGACGCUGUGCCCUCCCAGCCCCCCAUAUCCAUGGGGUGGGGGCUGGCACUGCAUG